AUGACUUUCUUUCUGCUUCACACCAAUUCUUUUCUUCUUGGAGUACUCUCACUAAUUCCAACGGCUUAUACAGCAUGUAUCUUAAGUGGUGAUGAAACUACUAUUAAUGAUCUACUCUCUAGUGGAGGUGCCAAUGCCAUAGUAUCUCUCUGUGCCAAUAGCGUAUUCAAUCUGAAAAAUCCAAUCGUUUUUACAGCUCCUAAUCAAGAAUUAUCUACACAAGGAUAUUCUACAGACUCUACACGUGCGACUCUUGUUGUCACUGGUGUUAAUCAGACUGCUGCAAUUAUAGGUAACUGCGAUCAAUGUUCUGGUUUGAGACUUCGAAACAUCCAAGUGAAUGGUAACAGACCAGCUCUAGGAUUAUUUGAGGGUAGUGCGAAUAUUGAGAUUGGAGGACCUACUAGUAACCAACUUGUGGACCAUGUACAUUCCUACGAACCUCGAGGAUGGUCAUGUCUGCAUAUCACCGAAAGUGGAAUAAGUGGUUGCAGGAAUGCAACUAUUACUAACAAUGAAAUAGGUCCCGCAGGCGAUUCUGCUGGUCAUUGGGCAGAUGGCAUAUCCAUGGCGUGCAUAAGUAGCUUGGUUGCAAACAAUGUAAUUACAGAUGCUACAGAUGGUGCUAUUGUGAUUUUUGGUGCUCCUUUUACCACAGUCAAAAACAAUACUAUCAUUGCUAUAUCUCGCGUGAUUCUGGGUGCUAUCAACAUGGUAGAUUAUGAUCAAUAUUCCGGAGAUUAUACUGGUGCUACAGUUACGGACAAUACUAUUUGGGCUAAAUCAGCAUUCAUUAAAACAGGUAUUUCUAUUGGCCCAGCUGUGUGGGGAGCAGAUAAAACAAACUACAACCGCAAUGGUAUAGUUCGUCGCAAUACAAUUAAGGGUGAUAAUAUGGGUUAUGGUAUUAUUGUCUCUGGUGCACAUAAUUUUACUGUCUUAGACAAUAUCUCUACCGCGAAUUACAGUGGUGCUUUUACUUCGAGUUGUUACACGCCUAAUAAUGCGCCUCCAAUGGCAUUUCUAAAAAGUACUAGAGCUGACGGCAAUUUUCAAUCAAACUUUGUUUUGGGCAGAGCUCAUUUAAUGGCGAUGGAAAUUUGGCACCUUGUUUUCUUUCAACCAUUGCAAAAUCAAGUAACAUUAGCAUGUCAUCAAUUAAUCAAUGCCGAACGUCAAAAUGAAAUGAUUAAUACUCGACUUAUUCGUGCAGUUCUAGAAAGUUAUAUCGAACUUGGCUUCGAGGAAAGUUCAUGUGUACCAAAUAAUAGUGAUCAAAUAACAUCCCAAACAUUGAAAAUUUAUAAAGCUUACUUUGAAGUACCAUGUCUUCAAUAUACAGAACAAUUUUAUCGUCAAGAAACAGCUAAUUUUGUUGUUCACAAUUCUAUGUAUCACGAUGGAUUGAUGAAGAAUAGGCGUGUAACAUCAGAAACUUGCCUAUGUGAUUAUAUAGUUCGAAUUGAAUGUCAAACAUGUCAAGGUACUUUACCAUAUGAUUCAUGUUCGUCAAAUGCAGCAUGUGGUUGUCUUCGUCUAGCAUCUAAUAAUGAUAAUAGUAGUAUAUGUGCUUAUCUUUCUUUGAGUUGUUCUAAAUUGAUUUCAUGUGCUCCUAACAACCAAACGUGUUAUCAACCGAGACAUGUUUGUGUGGAACAUCCACGAUGUCAAAAUCGUCCUCUAUGUUAUCCAAUUGAUAUGACUACUAGAGAAAUAUGUCCUCUUGUACUACCAACAACAACAGGAGCAACUACACCAAUGAUACCUGAUGAUGGUAUAUGUGCUAGUGCAAAAUGGAAUCCUAAUGGAACUACUGUUAUCGGAGGAAAAGUUUCUGUUAUAUAUGAAUAUUCUAUGCCUGGUACUUCUAGUGGUCAGGUAGUUGCUGGUGGUAAUGGACCCGGCAAUGGCACUCAUCAACUUGCGUAUCCGGAAGGUUUUGCUAUUGAUAAAAAUGGAAGUCUCUUUAUUUGUGAUCCAGGAAAUAGACGUGUUCAAAGAUGGUAUAACAAUGAUGAUCAUGGAACUACAAUCAUGUUUGAUACUCAUUGUUGGGGAAUUGUGAUUGAUGAUGAAGGAUUAGUGUAUAUUUCUGACUCAGUUGAUUACCAUCGUGUAAUAACAUGGCCCGAUGGUAGAACAGUCGCAGGUGGAAACGGAGAAGGAAAUGCAUUGAAUCAAUUAUCGAAUCCCUAUCUGAUAUUUGUUGAUCAUAAUCGAUCGGUUUUCGUUGCUGAUGGAGGCAACCACCGUGUAAUGAAAUGGUCCGCCGGAGCCACUGAAGGUUUAAUUGUUGCAGGCGGAAAUGGAGCAGGACAUGAACUCAAUCAGUUAGGUGAACCUUCCUCGGUUAUUGUUGAUCGAAUGGGUACACUUUAUAUAGGUGAAGCUUUUAAUGCGAGAAUUACACGUUGGUUCAAAGGAAGUAAAGAGGGUAUUGUUAUUGUUGGUGGACGUGGUGAGGGUAAUCAUGCAGAUCAGAUAACAAAACAAUGUGAUAUGGCAUUUGAUCGUGAUGGAAACUUAUGGGUAGCCGAUUAUUUUAAUCAUCGUAUACAAUUUUUUGCGAUAGACAAAAGUUCUUGCAAAUCACGUAAGUACACAGUUCCUUUUCUGAUCAAUGAAUCUAUCAUUAUUGUCACAUUUUAG